UUCAGUGCCAGGGUCUUGACCUCAGCAUCCUCAGCUGAGUUGGAUUAAGGACCAUUCCGUGCUUUUUGUGAAUUCCUUCUCGCAUCAGUUCCCUCCCCCACAUGGAGAGAGAGUAGCCUGGAGCCCCAACCAUUCUGCCAAAGGCCACCAGAGAACUGGUCUCUCCUGACAGCCUUGUCCCUCCGAGAGUCAAGGUUGCUGCUUUGAUAGGUAGCUCGUGACCAGGGAGUGAACCUCCGGGGGUCUUGGGCUCUCACAGGAUCUCCAGAAAGCCAUGCAGAAUCUUAAGCCAUGAAGGACUAUUCCGAUGUCAUCCUCCGUCCAGAGGCAACUGAGCUGAGCAAGACAGAGUUCUGCAAUCCUGCUUUCGAUCCUGAAGCAGGGCCUUCUUGCCCUCCACCAGCCUUACAGAAAGAUGCCAGCAGAAGCCUCAAAGCUCCCUGGCAUGCCCAGCGUCUCCGAGGGCUACAGCCGGACUGUCAUUUCUCCUGGCUCUGUAUCCUGCUGCUCAGUGGCCUGCUGGUCCUGCUGCUGGGGCUGCUGGUGGCUGUCAUCCUGGCUCAGUUCCAGGCUACAUCCCUCCCCAGGACAACUGAAAGUCCACUGCCCGCCCCAGGCCGCACCCCCAAGGGUAGCAUUCCUAGCUCCACUCCUAACACCAGCACCAGCACCAGCACCAGCACCACCAGCACCACCAGCACCACCACCACCUCUCCAGCAACCACGGGGCAACAGGAGGCAGCCCUGAGCCCUACACACCAGACCACCUGCGGAGGCGUCCUUCCUGGUCCAAGGGGUUUCUUCAGCAGCCCCAACUACCCAGACCUUUACCCACCCCAUAGCCACUGUGUCUGGCAUAUCCAGGUAGCCACAGGCCAGACAAUACAGCUCAAGAUUCAAGCCCUCAGCAUAGAAGGUGUGCUCUCCUGUCUUUUUGAUCGCUUGGAAAUUAGCCCAGAGCCUUCAGGUCCACUCCUCAGGGUGUGUGGUAAAACGCCUCCAGCCACGCUGAACACCAACACCAGCCACCUCCGUGUGUCCUUCGUCUCUGACGACGACGUGGAAGGGUCUGGUUUCCAGGCCUGGUACCAAGCUGUGGCCCCUGGGCACUGGAGCUGUGCCCAUAAUGAGUUCCGCUGUGACCUGCUCCUCUGCCUGAAGCAUGACUUAGUGUGUGAUGGUAUUACCAACUGUGCCGAUGGCAGUGACGAGGCCAAUUGCAGCGCCGAGACCUUCGGGUGUGGAGGGAAUCUGACUGGGCUCCACGGGGUAUUCUCUACCCCCAACUACCCACAGCACUACCCUCACCAACAGCUUUGCACCUGGUACAUCUCAGUGCCCAUGGGAUACGGCGUGAGACUACAGUUCCACAACUUCAGUCUGGAAGCACAGGCCGAGUGCAAGUUUGACUACGUGGAGGUGUAUGAAGCCGGCACUUCCGGGGCCUUCAUCUUCCUGGGCAGGUUCUGCGGCACAGAGCCACCACCCCACCUCAUCUCCUCACGGCACCAGCUGGCUGUCAUCUUUAAGACGGAUCUUGGUAUCAGCAGCGGGGGCUUCUUAGCCACCUACCAGGCCACCAACGCUACAGAGAACCCUUGUGGGCCCCGAGAGUUCUGCCGGAACGGAGGAUGUAGGGAUCUGCAGUGGAUGUGUGACUUAUGGAGAGACUGUGGGGAUGGCAGCAGUGACAAUUGUAGCAGUCACUUGUUCCCACAGCCAGACCUGGCCUGUGAACCUGUCCAAGUGGAGAUGUGCCUUGGACUAAGCUACAGUACCACAGCUUUCCCCAACAUCUGGGUGGGCCUGGCCACCCAGGCGGAGGUGGUAGACAUCGUCAGAGGCUACAAGAGUCUGACCAGUCUACCCUGCUACCAGAAUUUCCGGAGGUUCCUUUGCGGGCUGCUUGUACCUCACUGCACCCCACUGGGCACUAUCCUGCCCCCUUGCCGCUCUGUCUGCCAGGAGGCAGAGCGACAGUGCCAGUCUAGCCUGGCACUACUGGGCACCCCCUGGCCCUUCAACUGCAACAGGCUGCCUGAGGCGGCUAGCCUGGAUGCUUGUUCCCAGCCCUGACCGGACGCCAGCCCUACCCUGUCUGCCCAUCCUCCUCUACCGUAUGAGUGGGCAGGGCACCCUCUGUCUGCCCAUGCUCCUCUACCCAUAUGAGUGGGCAGGGCACCCUCUGUCUGCCCAUCCUCCUCUACCCAUAUGAGUGGGCAGGGCAGGCAGAAAACAAAGGGAAGAGUGCCCUGGGCACGGGACUCUGCCCAUCCUCUCUGGUGCUUCCCAGGGAAAAGGAAGGACCAGUUCCGACUCUGACCCUGCCCAGGGCUGAUGGGCUACCCUAUCUCCCCUGCAGCUUCUCUGCACGCUUAUUUGCCAAGACCGCCCCAGGCAGGGGCCGGGGCCCAUAUUGUGCCAUUGGACAGCCUAGAGACUUCCUACCCAAGUCUUUGACCCUGACUCCCCGUCUUCUGCCUCCCCCUUUCCAUCUGAGUGUUGAAGAUCAGUCACCAGACCUUCAGCUUUUCCGUUUAGUCAGCAAAACCGUAUUGAGUGCCUACCGGUGUGGUGGGACCCUCUCCUACCCCUGGGG